UUGUUUUGUCACAAUCAAUGUUAAUUCUAGUAUUUUGAGUUCUAAAACUUUUCAUGGUGUCAGAAUAGUUGGUACUGUGACGUAAUAGACAGACUAGAACUAUUACAAACAGUCUCGUCAAUAAUAUGAGUGAAAGAUACGACUUCCUGUUCAAAUUCCUUGUAAUAGGAAGCGCUGGUGUUGGUAAAUCGUGUGUUUUGCAUCAAUUACUCAACAACAAAUUCAAUGAUGAUUCCACUCACACCAUCGGUGUAGAAUUUGGAUCUCGAAUUUGCAAUGUUGGUGGAAAGUCAAUCAAGUUACAAAUAUGGGAUACUGCUGGUCAGGAAAGGUUUAGAUCCGUGACACGAAGUUAUUACAGGGGAGCUGCUGGUGCAAUUCUGUGUUAUGACAUCACAAGAAGAGAUACUUUCAACUCAUUAACCGACUGGCUGACUGACGCUAAAACUUUAGCAAGUCCAAACAUUGUAAUUGUUCUUUGUGGAAACAAGAAAGAUUUAGAAGCAGAAAGAGAAGUUACUUUCCUGGAAGCUUCAAGAUUUGCUCAGGAAAAUGAAAUCCUCUUCCUUGAAACAAGUGCAGUAACUGGCGAGAAUGUUGAAGAUAGUUUCAAUAAAUGUGCAAAGUCUAUUCUCACAAGGAUUGAAGCAGGUGAAAUUGACCCUGAACGAAUGGGAUCUGGUAUCCAAUAUGGUGACUCAGCAUUAAGACAAUUACGCAGCACAAAUCGACAAAGGAACGUCACGCCGACAAUCGAAGAUAAAUGUAAAUGUGCUUGACGCAUCACUUCUGUUUCAAACACUAUUAUGUUAAAUACCGGUACAUUUUGUUUUGCACCUAUCCACUAUUACACUGAUGCUUGAGCAUUAUUCUGCCUAUCUGCUUGUGCUGUUAUGCCAACACAAUGGGUAUUGUGGCAGAACAAUUGCCAUACAAUCAACAAUAUGACAUCAGUUAGUCAUAUUGUAUAACCAAAACAAAUUUCCCAUUUUUUUUUUAAAUGCGUGAAAAUUGUUUCAACUGUAACUGACUGUAACAAUUAUAAUCUUUAUUUACUCCCAAACACUGUUAACUCUCUAUGUGGUCAUCAUACACCUUAAUUUAUUGCACAAUUAUAAACAUUAAGUAAAUCAAUAAGGUCACGGACUACAAUGUUUAAAUUUUUACCAAUAUCUCCACGCAUUGGGAACCUCAUUGAUUAAUGUGGCGAAUGCAAUAUACUUUGGCUCUGCUGUUUUAGACUUAAAAACUGGGAUGCCUAAACUCAUACUAUAAACCCUUAUUUAAAAGUUAAAGUAACAUGGCACCCCAUGCAAUCCUAACAUUACACUUGCGUGGAACUUUAUCACAACCCCCUAACCACUGCCUCAUGAGGACAAUGUAUUUCUGCAUGGUUGACCUAAUUUGCAUUAUUUAAGUUUCAUGAUUUUAAUGUAAAGAUGACAUUGCCACCAUAGAAGCAGUGCUACAUAAUAUAUGAGUGCAAUAUAUUGUACAUUGUGUUCCAUCUAUGUUUCAACCAUCUGUAUUUUAUGUCUACACCAACUGGUUUGCUUUGUUGAUGUGCUCAUUACAUAUAUGGGUGUUAUUCAUUGUAUAUUAUCAAUCUGUGCUUUUUGUUUAUAAACUAUUUCAAAAACUAUCCAUCCAAAA